AUGAAUUUGCAUGUUACUUUGAUUCUUGCUGAUUACAUGCAUCAUCUGCAACAUCAGUCGCUGCAGUGUGGUUCAGCAACAUUCAAUAAAUUAUCAUUCGAUCCACCAUUCCGAUCGAAUCCCCUACCAAUUGGUCGCUUAAUUUACAUGCCAUUGGAUCAAAUUGUAAAUGGUGAUAUAUGUCGCAUGGUUACUACUACUGCAAGACCAAAUCCCUCCUAUUCCUUCACCAGUUAUCAGCAAAUAAUAACAAUUUGCGGGAAUUGUACGGAAUGUCCAACUGGUUUGAGCAGCAUCUAUCUAUACUUGAAACGGAUGCUAAAAGAUAUAGAAAUUUCGUUGAUUGUUGUCAUUCGUGGCGUCAGCCAUCGACAAGUGAACAAAAUCGACGACGAGAAGAAGAUCCAUUUUGCAUUUAUCGAAGAGGAAACACCGAUCGCCCUGGAUGAUUGUCAAAUUAUUGAUGCAAGUGACGGAGAUGCUUUACGCAGUUUUUCGAAAACUUCCGUUCUUUUUGUUUCUAUUUCAUUCAUCAUUUUAAUGGUCAUUUCGCUUGCUUGGCUCGUCUUUUAUUAUGUACAAAGAUUCCGUUAUGCGCAUGCUAAAGAUCGUCUUCAACGGCGAUUAUUCAAUGCAGCUAAAAAAGCACUAACGCGUAUUCCAACAAGACUUAUUCGAGUUGGAGAUAAGGAGCUCGAUACCGAUUGUCCAGUUUGCAUUGAUCCAUAUAGAGCCGGUGAUAUUAUUCGUUCGCUUCCGUGUAGGCACAUAUUCCAUAAAACUUGUGUUGAUCCAUGGCUUCUGGAACACAGAACUUGUCCAAUGUGUAAAAACGACAUCCUAAAGGCUUUCGGAUACUGUGUAUCAGUAGGUCAACGUACACCCAACAACACACAGAGGGAAAGCGUUCAUCAGUCGCCAAGGGAUGGAGAUAUGUUAAGCGUCGAUGUCCACUCUUUAACCGGAUCUGAUGCUGGACAUCCCGAAGUGCAAGAUCCAUCAAAUACGCCAAUUUUACCGCAACUUGUUCAGGUGAUGCACUACUCUAAUGCGAAUGCAUUUCCACUAACGCCUCUGACAGUACAAAGUGCAUCUUCUUCAACAAAAACGAAUUCUACACAAGAAAAGAAUGCAAAGAGUCAGAUCUCAUGGAAAAUUCGGAGGCCUUCAUCGACCGUUUCUCAUGUCGUAAACGUAGCACAUUUCCGUUCACGUUCUUUAUCACAAAUCAUACAGCCGCUCGAAUCACAAAAAUUCAAAGCCACACUCAGCUCAAAUACACUCUGCUCUGGGCUUACAUCAAUUCACUUCUCGUCGAUACCUACCAAAAAUAUCACAUCAGUGGAUCGCGAUACUUCAUCCGUGUUGGCGGUUUCAUCCGACCUCAUUUCAUCUACAUUUCCAGUAUCAUCCAUACGACCAAAUUCUUGCUUACAACAAAAACCCAGAACAAAACGUGUUAGCUCGCAAGACAUCAAACGACCAUCAGAGUCCAAUUAUUUAACCAGCGUUGAGUCACUUUAA